AACGCGCUUUUAGUACAGAUACAUGUCAUCUCAUUUGAUGAUUUGUAACACUACAGUUAUUGAAAGACUUGCGUCAGGCUCUGUUCGAAUCUGGUAGUAGACUACUGACAUUUGAUUUUGAGGUUCGUGUAUUUUUAUUGACAAUGAAAAAAGCAGCAAUAAAUACGUUAAUGUUCUUCAUCUUCGCGAAUGAAGUGCUACAUAUUUUCGCAAAAGUAACCGUAUUGCGUGGGCCGUUAAUGUCUGAGUCCGAUAACGUAAAAAUGAUAUGCCUCUCGGAGGAUGAUGGCGGCGCUCUUGUGUGGAACUAUGAUGUAAUCAUGGACAACUACACAGUUUUUCAUGAUUUAAAUAAUUUCGAAAAUCAUGAAAUAGAUUGCAAAAUGAACACAAAUGAAAAUUGUCUAAAGUCAUGGAUGAAGGACGGAUGGAACAUUACAAAUUCUUUUGAAACACCUAUGGGUCCAGUAUUUGAUAGACGAUGGGAACAAUUUAAACAGUACGAAAUUGUUAAUGAUACACAUGUGGAUUUUAAUCUUACUACGGAAGUAAAGCUUCCUUUUUCGGUUCGGUCCAUAAAACCUUUAAUAUUAAUUUGCAACGGUGAAAAUAGGAAUAACAUCGAUGUUUGCUAUUUCAUCGAAAUAAACAUUGUGAGCGAUUCUACUAAAUUAGCUUCCAUAUCCUUGGAUAAGUGUGUGAAUGAUAGAAGUUCUGAAUAUUUUCAAUGCCAUGAUACUUUUCAAGAAUACCACUUCAAGCACGAAGCACUGCUCGAAGAAGAGAAUCAAUGGCAAACGUUUGUACUUACAUGGAAUUAUAAAAUACAAGAAAUAAAAGUUUAUACUACUGAUGAGACUAUUUUGACAUAUACAGACAUGCAGUGGCCAUCAAACAAUAAUUAUUUCAUGUGGAUUAGAAGCCUUAAUAAGAUGUACUUGCGAUUUCAUAUAUAUGACUUUUUGCAUACGACUAUCGAAAGUGCAAUUUUAACGAGUCCAAUUUUUCAAGUUCAUGAUAAAGUGAUAUGUGUACAACUAUUAGUUGGCCUUUGCGUCGAAUGCGAUGCACAUAUAGUGUUGCGUGGUUUCACGAACAAUAAAGUAUUGAUAAUAGUAAUCGCAAAAGGCUCAUCAAAAGCAAGGAUUCAUGGCUUACCUAUGUGGCAAUCUGUCACUAUCAAGAAAAAUUUAUCAAAUACGGAAUAUAAUGCUUAUAAUGGGAUCAUAAUUCAAUUGAUUCCUAAACUCAGUAAUCAUAGCUCAAAUCCGUUAUGGGCAAUAGCUGACGUUCGUCAAUGUCCUCCAAUUGGAGCUUUAAGGCAAGGUAUUACAAUUAUUAAUAAACCUUGGCUAAAAUCACCGGGUUAUUAUUCGAGUGAGACGUGUCAAAAAUUAUUUUAUGAUGAACACGCUAUUGUAGAUCCUUUCUUUAAAGGCACACCAGAUAUAAAUCUAGACGAAAACUGUUCUCAAGGAAAAAUUGGACCAAAAUGUUCGAUUUCCUGUGAAUCUGAUCUAAAUAGUAACGUCGAGUGUAAAGGAAUCGAAAUUUGUUACGAAGACGGUUGCACAUGUGCUCCGGGUUUCGUAGGAGAAAACUGUUCUACACCUUGUGAAUCAAACAAAUAUGGACCUAGCUGCAAAAAUACAUGUGGCUCGUGCCUGUAUAAAAAUAACGGAGAGUGUAAUAAAGCAACUGGAAUUUGUAAUAAUGGUUGCGACAAUACUAAAAAAAUAUACUUACCACCUUUAUGUCAAACGAGUAUAGAUAAACCCCACGCACCUACAAUAGUUUCAACAAACGAGACGGCUAUUUGGGCAGUUAUUUCCAUACCAUGGAAAGAAGAAUACGAAGGAAUAUCGAUUCUUUAUUCUUUUGUCAUUCAGGGACACUACAAAUACGGUCAACAACAGUGGAAAAAAUUAUUUCAAAAUAUGACACAAGUAACAGAAUAUUUUGUGAACAUGGAGCCUGGUGUUACGUAUCAGGUUGGUUUCAGCUUAGAUUUUGAUGGUGCACUACUACACAGUGAUUGGCAAUUAGCAGAGACUAAAUGCAAUUUAAUUAAAAACAUUGAUGUAACAUCUGAAGAAAACAGCAUAAUAAUAGAUUGGCGUAUUAAUUCAAAGCAAUUAAAUUCAUGUCCAGCAAGUUGGUAUUAUCUGGUAAUUCGCAAUGCAAAUUCAAAUGAUGUAGUUAUUUCUAAAUCAGUACCAUCUUUUCCACAUAAAUUACAAAGCCUGCCGUCAUAUACUCUUUUUAAUGUGAUCAUAUCUCAUAAAAGUCACAAGCUAUUUUCUCAGGAAGUUCGCACGCUUGAAGGAGUUCCAUAUAGAGUAGUACAGCUUCGAAGUACGUUACUAACUAGUACACAAGUCACCCUAACUUGGAAACCUCCAUAUCAACCAAAUGGAAAAAUAGUAAAAUAUGAAAUAAUUUUAAAGGUUGUGGAGUAUUAUGGUUGUAAACAUUUAAAGUUAUUUACACCAGAUCAUCACACCAUUACAAAUUCUACAGCAGAGCAAACAAUCACAUUUUCAAAUUUACAUCCGUAUGCAUCUUAUAGCGCGCAAGUUAUAACUCAUAAUACACGUCAUUUUAGCACAGCAGCGGAGAUAAUUUUUAACACAACACAAUCUGAGGUACCAUUAGAAGUAUUUAGUCAGUUAAAAGUACAAGAUUGGAAACUAUCAUGGCAACCACCGGAAGAUUGCACAACAAUUUCUGGACCAAUGAAAGCCAGGAUAAAGAUACGCGGAAUUAGUGAUGCUGUUAAAUCUUUCAACAUCGUCCAAACAACUUCCUUCAAUUUUCUCAAUUUAGACAAAUUAAAACAGAAAUUAAAUGGUGUCGAGCGAUAUAUGGCAACGGUAUAUGUAAUAAGAGAUUAUUCAAAAAAAGAAAAUGCCUCCGCUUAUCAAAAUUAUGAAUUUGAAACUCCACCGACAGCUCCACCCAAAGUAACCAAUUUAGAGGUAGUCGAAAUUGAUACUCGUCAAACUCCUGCCUUGAUAUAUUUGAGAUGGCAAAAUCCAGUUCCACCACUCAACGGAAAAUUGCGUAUUUAUGGUAUUCAUUUAUGUGGCAAAUAUGAAGGAUUUUGCUCAAUUAUCGAAGUUUCAUUGAAUGAAACUUGUGAUUUAUGGGAUGAUUACUUAUGUAAAGUUGUUCAAAAACCACCUAUGCACUCUUUAACAAUUAAGGUUUUGGCAUAUAACAUGAACGUUAGUGAACCAGGAUUGCCAGAUGUCGUGACUGAUGUUAUGCUUCGUAAUACAACGCCGGACGCACCUGAGAAUUAUACUUUCACGAUGAAUAACAACAGUGUGAUUGAUCUAAAGUGGCUUCAUCCCUGGAAGACAGGUGGUCAUCUUGAAUCAUUUCGCAUUCGGAUAGAAGAAAUCUCCUCAAAUUUAAGAACACGCUUUUCCCAAUCGCUUAAGAACGAAACAAUAGAAUAUCCAGUGACACAAUACAUGCGUAACUAUAGCAAACGAUUGUAUUUGUACCCAUCAACGCAAUACACGAUUCAAAUUCAAGCUGUAACAGUUGCGAACGAGUCUAGCAGCACAAAGUUCAUAAAGAUCAAUACACCUUCAGCCAUAGUUUUUGAUAAUACUCUAGAAGUCAUGGAAGAUGAUUCGAAUUCCACGAUAUUAAUAAAUAUACCAUCUGUUUCAAACGAUACACAAGACAGUAUGAUGCACAUCUUUGUAAAAGGUCCUAAUACCUGCGAAAAAUAUUCGGAAAUACCAGAGAAUUUACAAACGCUAGUAAGUGUGAAGACGAAGGAAAUCGCUUGGCAAGCCGCUGAAGUUUCGACCAAUGAAUUAGCUGGUAAACGAUUCAGGGUCGGCGACAAUGAAAUUUACGGCAAUUCGACCAAUUGCCCUUUAAAAUAUGGAGAGUUUUAUGAAAUACUAAUUAUAGUAGUCGAACAAAAUUCAACUAACCUGCCGAUCAUUCUUGCAAAAUUGGUUUACGUCGGUGAUAUUUCGAAUCUAUCGAUACAUUACAUAGCAUGGCCAAUAUCUGUAAUAUUACUCCUCGUAACAGGAGCAGUUUUCUAUUUUUACCGAAGGAAAAGACAGAAGUCGAAUAUGUCUCAAAUACGGAACGAAAUACCUUUAUCUCAGAACAACUAUGAACACGAAACGAAACCUAUAAUACCGAAUUCGAAUGAAGCAAUGGCGGAACUUCAAAAUUUGGACCCGUGAGCAUGACCUUAUGAAGACUCUUUCAUUGAAAAAAAUAAUUGUAAUACUUUUUCUUUAGUAAUUACAUUAAGUUUAGGCGCUCUAAAUAUCGUAAAAUAAAAAUCCAGUUAUGUAACUAUACACUAUAUUUUUUUAAAAUAAGAAAUAAUACGGAAAGUAUUAUACUAACACUUUCGAGUGCAGUGGGUUAAAAUUCUAUAAGCGCUAUAAAUUACGAAAUAUGUAAAGUCAUAAAAGAGAAAAGUAACACUUUCUCUUACAAACUAUCACAAAUAAGCAACAGACAUUUAAUUUUCUGCUUAAAAAAAAGAAUAAAGAAAAUAAAUAACAAAAA